CAAGAAGUAAUAUUUAUGAAAGUAAUUGUUGAAUUUUUGCCCCAAAAAAUUAGCUUUACAGUAAAUAAUAUUUGUAGGCAUUGGAAAGAUUCAUGGUAAAAUUUAAGUAUUUCCAUUAAUAAAUAACAACAAUAAUAAUUAUUAAUACAAGGAAUAGUGCAUUAAAUGAUGAUAUAUGAAGGUUAGAAGGAUGUGUAAAGCUUAUGGUGAAAUUUUAUUAAGGAAAAGUUAGUCAUAAGCAAAAACCAAAGGUGUGAAAUUCCAAUGCAGAUUGUUGGGCAAUGAGGCAUUUGAGAGUGAGAGAUGCUCUGGUGUACCAUGAUCAUGUCCUUGCUAUAAAAUCUGGUCUGGACUCAAGCAUUUUUACUUGUAAUCAACUCAUUCACAGCUACUCGAACCAUGGCUUUGUUCAAGAGGCACACAAAGUGUUCGAUGGAAUGCAUCAACGAAAUGAAUUCUCUUGGAAUGCCAUUAUUAUGGCCUACAUAAAAGCACACAAUUUGACUCGAGCACGAUCACUUUUCGACUCUGCCUCCCACAAGGACUUGGUUGCUUACAAUUCCAUGUUGUCGGCUUAUGUCGGCGCUGAUGGUUAUGAAACCGAGGCACUUGAUUUCUUUGCUGCAAUGCAAUCUGCGCGCGUCACGGUUGGGAUUGAUGAGAUCACUUUGACAACCAUGCUUAACUUGACUGCCAAGCUAGGCAUGGCGUACCAUGGGAAGCAAAUACAUUCAUACAUGGUGAAAACUGCAAAUGAUUCAAGCAAGUUUGCAACAAGCUCUCUUAUUGACAUGUACUCUAAAUGUGGUUCUUUUCACGAAGCAUGCAACGUGUUUACUGGUUGUGAUGGGAUGGUGGAUUUGGUUUCAAAGAAUGCAAUGAUUGCAGCUUGUUGUAGGGAACGAGAGAUGGACAUGGCUUUGAAUCUGUUUUGGAAAAAUCAUGAAUUAAAUAACAUUGUAUCCUGGAAUACAUUGCUUGUAGGACAUGCCCAGAAUGGCUAUAUGGAGAAGGCACUUGCCUUGUUUGCCGAGAUGAUUGAAAAUGGUAUCGGCUGCGAUGAACACACUUUGGCUAGUGUUUUGAGUACCUGCUCUGGUUUAAAGUGCUUGAAAUUAGGCAAGUGUGUUCAUGCUUGGGUGUUGAGAAAUGGUUGCAUUUCAAAUCAAUUUAUUAGCAGUGGCAUUGUUGAUCUCUACUGUAGGUGUGGGAAUAUUAGAUAUGCGGAGUUAGUCUAUGCAGGAAUCGGGAUUGAGAAUCCAUUUGCAGUUGCUUCAUUGAUUACAUGCUACUCAUCUCAAGGUAACAUGAUAGAAGCUCAAAGGCUCUUCAAUUCACUUACAGAAAGAAAUUAUGUUGCCUGGACAGCUUUAUUUUCAGGUUAUGUCAAAUCACAACAAUGUGAGGCAGUCUUCAAACUCUUCAGAGAGUAUAUAUCUACAAAAGCUCUAGUUCCUCAAGCGAUGAUCAUUAUUCGUGUGCUUGGCGCAUGUACAAUGCAAGCAGCCCUUAGUUUGGGAAGGCAGAUUCAUGCUUACAUCUUGAGAAUGAGAUUCCUUAUGGAUGAGAAAUUGCUGGGUGCUUUGGUUGAUAUGUACUCAAAAUGUGGGAAUAUUAUGCAUGCUGAGAAAAUCUUUAGACUAGUUAACAAUAGCAACAGAGAUGCAAUCUUGUAUAAUAUUAUGAUAGCUGGUUAUGCUCACCAUGGGCUUGAAAAUGAAGCUAUUCAGCUUUUUGAGGAGAUGUCGAAGAAAAGUGUCAAGCCUGAUGCAAUUACUUUUGUUGCACUCCUUUCGGCUUGUCGGCAUCGUGGAUUAGUAGAACUAGGAGAAAAGAUUUUCAUUUCCAUGGAAGAAGAGUACAAUGUAGUGCCUGAUAAUUACCACUAUGCAUGUAUUGUUGAUAUGUAUGGAAGGGCUAAUCAACUAGAAAAGGCAGUCGAAUUUAUCAGGAAGAUCCCUAUACCGAUAGAUGCUACAAUCUGGGGUGCAUUUCUUAAUGUUUGUCAAAUCAGCAACAAUACAGACCUUGUCAAACAGGCAGAAGAGAAACUGUUAAAGAUUGAUGUCGAUAAUGGGUCUCGGUAUGUGCAAUUGGCCAAUCUUUAUGCUGCCAAAGGGAAAUGGGAUGAGAAGGGAAGAAUAAGAGAGAAAAUGAGAGAAAAAGAGGCUAAGAAGGUUGCUGGUUGCAGUUGGAUAUAUGUGGCAGAUGGUAUUCAUGUAUUCACUUCUGGUGAUGCAUCUCAUACAAAAGGAGAUGCAACAUAUGCAACUUGAUUGUGCUUGAAUGUAAAUUUGUAUUUGCCAUUCACAGAACUAGUAGCUAAAAUAUUAUUUUGGAAGUCUAUUUUCCAACAGAAGAUUUGUCAAACUCGGUGAUAUUGUAGAGGAUAUAAUUUUCCAUUUUGUGAUCAUAUGAUCACAUUUCAAUGCGGCAUGGUUGGAGAAACCAUUGCAUAAAUGAAUUUAUUAUAUAGUCUUUACACGUAUAUGCAUCUCAAUUCAUUGCCAAUAUCAUCUUUACUGCAUAUUGUCCAAGGUAUUUUAAGAAAAAUCAUUUUAUUCUGUCACAGGAAAUCUUUGCAACUAUGUAAACAGCAACAUAGAAUCAUAUGUUAGCAAAAUGAUUUAAAGUUUGACCGUCAAAGGAGCAUGCAAACUUUUAUGGAGACAGAUAUGUCAGAGUUUAUUACUUUUGGAUUGGAGCUUUUGUACACUUAGCUUUUGUCAAGGCAAUUAUUCAUGACAAAAAGGUGGUGACCAACAGCUCAUGUUUGAUUACUUAAGGAUCAUGAAGAUGGAUUAAUGCUUAGUGCUUAUGAAAUUUUGUGAUUUUGUUAUUUGUAUCAUAGUAAGAUCAUAGAAAUUUUAGGAGUAAAUGAAAUUAUUUUUCAACAAUUCUCCAUACCUUCUUAUGCUACUUGACCCAAAAGCUACAAAAAAUUGCAUUAGUAUUUCUGGAUGGCAAUACAGAUUUCUACUGAGUAGACAUUCAAAAAAACAAAAAAAAAAAAACUGAAUUUGCGAUUGAUCCUGCAGCCAUAGCAGAUGUUGAGGCAAAGAAUAUACAUCCAUAGAUUUGGAGAAAAAAAAGGGUCAAUUCAACAAUAGAGAUAUUC